CAUGGAUCGAACGGCGGUGGCGGCAGUGGUUGUCGGCGCGGGCUGCAUCGUCCUGUCUCUCGCCGGUGCCGGGUGCGUGGCGUAUCCCAGCGACUGCCCCGUCGAAACGUCGUACGUGAUUCCGAUGGCGAUCGUGGCCGUUGCCACAUUGAUCCCGGUCGUGGCGAUAUGGGUCGCGGCAUUCGCAGACAGCAGACGUCGCCGCGCUCAAGCAAAAGGCGUCAACGAACUGUCCAACCUGGUGCCGUCCACGUCCGUGUCGGACGCGUCCGCGCGCAUUCCUGUAUACAUGUACGCGAGUCACUUCAUGUCGUCGUGGGGCGACCGCAUGUGGCAAUUCGCAAUCCCGCUCUUGUUCAUGGAGAUCUUUGUCGACACGUUGCUCCCGAGCGCGUUGUUCUCGCUGGUCGUGUACGUUGUCGGCGUCGCGACUGUCCCUGCAGUCGGCGCGUGGAUCGACCACACGAACCGCCUCCACGUCAUGCGCGUAUCCAUCCUGAUUGAAAACGGGUGCAUCAUAGCGAGCACAAUCGCGCUCGGUUCGAUCUUGUUUGUGCUGUCGACCGACGACGUCUCAACCCGUGGCGUGCAAUGGACGUUGCCGAUGGUGGCGCUGUUUGCCGUGACCGUGGUGGCGGGCGCCGUCGGUCAAGCGUACACAGACGCCCAGACUCUGUCGAUCCAGCAAGAUUGGGUCGUCGUUGUCGCGCGCGAGACAAACGUCCCGCUCGGCGACUGGAACACAACGCUUCGCCAAAUCGACCUCAUUUGCAAACUCGCGUCGCCGGUCGCGUUUGGAUUGAUCAUGGACUUUGCCGGCGACGCGCCGAUGACCCGUGCUGCGACAGGGGCGGCCGUCGUGGGUGUGUGGAACCUCCUGGCGGCGCCGUUGGAGUAUUGCAUGCGAGUCGACACGUACCACUUCAUCCCGGCGCUGCACGAUCAGCCGAACCAGCUCAAGAAGAAACCGGCAGUCAACUUGACGCAGUAUGUGGCGUCGUGGACCGAGUAUGCGCGCCACCCGACGUUCCUCGCCAGUUUCUCGUUCUGCGCAUUGUACAUGACCGUGCUGACGGGCACGGGACUCAAUCUGGCGUACUUGCAGUGGCGCGGCGUGCCCCAAGCUGUUCUCGGGUUGAGCACCGGUCUCGGCGCCCUCUUCGGUUUGUUUGGGACGGUCGUCUUUCCAACCCUCGUGCGGGUGCUCGGCACGAUCGAGCGCGUGAGUGUGUGGACGGUGUGGCUGUUUUGGUUGACGCUCGUUCCGAUUUGGGUCGCAUGCGUCUGGUUUGGCGAAGCGACAGCGUCCGACUACAUUAUGAUGGUGGCGAUUUUGAUUUCCCGGCUCUGGCUGUGGUCCUGCGACUUGGCGCAAACCCAGAUCAUGCAAGAAUGGGUCGAAGCCGAUCGUCGAGGCUCGAUCAAUGCCAUGCAAAACGCCACGUCCAAGCUCUUUUACAUUGCGAUGCUCCUCGUCGGCGUCUUUUGCAGCGACCCGCGCGAGUUUGUCACGCUCGUGACGGUCUCGAUCGGCGCGGUCUUGUCUGCUGCCGUCGGCUUCACCGUGUGGUACGCCCGCUACGUCAAGUAGAGGUCGCGUAUCGAGUCGACGUGUACAUCGCCGGGAACGCCGCCGCUUUCUCCAUCCAUGGGGACGGCCGUCGUGGCCCGCCUCCUAUUUCGUUUGAACGAACAAUUGAACUCGUCAUGUCGGCAGUCAUCGCUUUCGUGGCGCAAGAGAGAGUGUGUGGCAGCGCGCACUACCGGCAGC